GCCCGCAGUCCCCCAGGCGCUCCGUCAGAAGGAAGCCAGCCGAGUAUGACGGAAAGGUGGCUUGGGAGGCUUAUGUCGCUCAGUUCGAGAUGCUGGCGACUGCGCAGGGCUGGAACGACGCAGAGAAGGCCCUGCAGCUGGCGACGGCGCUGCGUGGCCAAGCUGUGGAAGUGCUUGGCCACUUGUCGCCAGCUCAGCGUGCCUCGUAUCAGGGUGUGGCUGAGGCGUUGAAGCGGCGCUUUGGACACCACCUUCAGGCUGAGGUGUACAGUGCUCGCCUGAAGAGGAGGACGCGUGGGCGGGACGAGACGCUGUCGCAGCUGGCGCAGGAGCUGGUAAGGAGGGCGUACCCAGCGGCCCCGGAAGAAAUGAUUGUGGUGCUGGCUCGCGACUCGUUCGUAGACGCCCUGAAUGACCAGCAGUUGCAGAUCUACGUCAAGCAGGCGCACCCUGGGGACCUGCAGGUGGCGUUGGCGAGGGCCUUGGAGUUCGAGGCCUUCAUGAAGACAUCGGGCAGCUCUGCAGCGGCCGCCCAGCCCCGACGGGACCUCCAGGGCCGGAAGGCGACGGUGGAGAAGAAGGCGGCGUCGAGGACGAGCCCGGAUGGGUUCCGUGGCUCCUGCUGGAGUUGUGGCGAGAGGGGGCACAAGCGCAGUCAGUGUUCGAGGGGGCGAAGGACGCGUUCCCUCGACCGGCUGAGCUCCGAUGCCUUUCAGCCCUGCUGCAAGGAGUGUGGCAAGUCAGGCCACCGUGGAAGCGCCUGCCCCAAGCCGAAGGAAGUGGCGCAGGCGGGAAACUCCGACAGGCUGGAGAAGGGGGCCAACACCCAGCCGUCGGUCCCCGGGCCCCGUGCUGUGUAAGCUGCCGCCGAACGUCCAGUGCGGUGCAGGU